CUCGCCCCGCGCCCAUUCCGCCCGCUGCACGAGUGAAAACUCCGAUGGUGUUUGUUUGUUUAAUUUCGGGCAAUUCCUUAUCCAAAGCAAUUCCUUAUCCAAAGCUAAUGAACUGCCAUCUCAGCCCCGGCUGUUGGGAGACGGGCGAGACAAAACUACACUUGAAGAACAGAGUUUAAGGGAAUUCCUCCCUUGGCGUUCCCGUCGGGGAGCCGCAGGGAUGCUCAUCCCCCUCCGACCUCCGCGGCGGGGCCGAAGGGAUCGGGCCCCAUCGCAUCCCCGAGCAUCCCGACAGCUCCGGGGAGGGCGCGGCCGCUGCGGGGGCGCCCGGGCAGCGCCGGGAGAGACCCCCAGAUCUGAGAAGGGGGGCACGGGCACAGCACGGGGGGUGGGUCCCGCUCGGGGAUGCUGCCCCCGCGCUGCCGGGAGCCAAAUCCCUGGCGCCUCCCGCAGCUCCCCCGCCGGUCCCUCCCCCAGGGCCGCUCUCGGGGCCCGGCCUUGCCCCCCUCCGCCUCCCCGGCCGCCGCCGAGCCGCGCUACUGGCUGCUCCGUGCCGCCGCCGCCCGCCCAGCCCCGGCCCCGGCCGCGGGCGGGGAGCCCGGGCGCAGGCAGCGCCUAUAAGGGCGCCGCUCCGCAGCCCCCCGGGAGUUUUUGGUCCAGGGCCACCGGGGCCGCGGGGCGGGGGGUGUCGCCGGGAGAGGACGGCAGCGGGGGGGAGCGCCGGCCGCCCUGCAUGGCCAGGGAUUAUGAGCGCCGGUGAGUUGCAGCAGGCGCAGCCCAGAGCCUCGGCGCCGGCGGCCGCCCCCGCGCCCCCGCAGCCCCGCAGCGCCCAGGAAGCCCCCGACAUGGCCGUGUACUGCAGCGAGAACUUCAGCGUCUACCCCCAGCCCAGCCUUCACCCGCCCGGCGCCGCCGCCGCCGCCGCCGCGGCCGCCGCCGCCGCUGCCGCCGCCGCCGCCUCCUCGGGGCAGCGGGCGGGCGGGUACGCGCUGGGGGACUACGGAGCUCCGGCCAACGCCGGCUACCUGUGGGGCAUGAACAGCCCCGCGCCCUACCUGCAGGGCCCGCCCGGCGCCGCCGCCGCCGCCGCCGCUCCCUUCCUGCCGCCCGCCUCGUACGGCUGCUCCCGGGGCGGGCAGCUGGUGGGCUCGCCCCCGGCGCCCGGCUCGCCGUCGGCGGGCGGCGCGGAGCUGAGCUGGCUGAGCCUGGCCAGCCAGGAGGAGCUGCUGAAGCUGGUGCGGCCGCCCUACUCGUACUCGGCGCUGAUCGCCAUGGCCAUCCAGAGCGCGCCCGAGAGGAAGCUCACCCUCAGCCACAUCUACCAGUACGUGGCCGAGAACUUCCCCUUCUACAAACGCAGCAAGGCCGGGUGGCAGAACAGCAUCCGCCACAACCUCAGCCUCAACGACUGCUUCCGCAAGGUGCCCCGCGACGAGGACGACCCCGGGAAGGGAAACUACUGGACCUUAGACCCCAACUGUGAGAAGAUGUUUGACAACGGGAACUUCCGUCGCAAACGCAAGCGGCGCUCCGAGCCCAGCGCCCCCGCCGCCGCUGCCACGGCCUCCUCUCUGGGGGGCCUGAAGGCUGAGGAAGAGCGACCCCUCCCAGCCACGGGCAAACCCUGUGGAAACAGCCCACCCCCAGAGCUGGACCCCUCGCCCUCUGCCAGGGACCACCCCAAGAGCUCCUCUCCCUCCAGUAUCAUUUCAUCCACCCCCAGCUGCCUCAGCACCUUCUUCAGCGGCAUGAGCUCCCUGAGCGGCGGAGGCAGCCGGCUGACGGGGGGUCUCAGCAGUGACCUGCACCACAGGAACUUCUCUGCUGGACAGCUGAGCAGUGGCACUUUCACCCCUUCCAGCAGCUCUUCUCAGGAGGUGCCUUCCCCAGAGCAGCUGCAGCGGGUGGCGGGACCUUCCCCCGCCUACUACAGCUCCUUCCACCCCAGCAGCGGCAGCCAGGGAGCCCAGUACAACCACUACUACAACUUCACAGUCAACAGCCUCAUCUACACACGGGAUGGGACAGAGGUGUAGGGUGCUGGGGCAGCCAGGCAGCGCUGCAAAGGGAUCGGGAGUUGGACCGUGCGCUUUUGCAAACAGCAUUUCAACGUGGGCGCUUCCCAGGAGCUCCUCCAGGAAGACUGAUCUUCUCACCUUUCGAAAUAAGAACACCCCUCGAGCACCAGCAAAAGGCAGAUGCAAAGUUUUUUCCCAUCCAGGAAAAUGUUAGGUGGUGUAGAUGGCUUGCCAUCUUAAAUUCUGCAGGCAUGAACUGAAUUAAUGUUUUCAGAGGUUUUUAACCCUGAAUGUAGAACAAGUUUAAAAACCAUAGCCAUAAAGUGCUAUUGGCAAGAGCCAAGGGUAGACAUCCAGAGAGUCUUAGAAGAGAACAGGAGAAAAUAAAUGAAGAGAUUUCUUAUGAAGUGCCUUGUACAAUGUAUUAAAAAACUCUUCUGCCAGCAGUUGCCUCUGUAAGCCCUUGCUUGUGCCCUGCUCCUGCAAUAUGCAAUUCACAGGGAAAUACCCUGUAUGAACACCCACCCAAAACCUCCUCAAACCCACAGAGGGUCUUCCUGUGUCUGGCAUAUUGUACAGCAGGGCCAUGUCUUGUAAAACAGUCUUCUUUCCCUGAGCUUAGUACCAAAGAUAACUCUAGCCACGCAGCUUUAGCACAAGAAUAAACACUGGGGUAUUUUUAUACAUAUUUGUACGUAAUGUAACUCUUCUGUACAUACAUUUCUAUGUGGUUUUAUAUUUGUAAAUUAUGCUCUGGAGCUGUACUUAUUUAUAAUGUGUUUUAAACUUUGUUAAAGUUUAUUUGACUUUGUUUCCCUCCCUCUUUGUUGUUUUAUUUGUUUUGAAUAUUUUGUUGGUUUUGUUAUUGUUUUUAGUGUAUUACUGAAACUUUUCAGGCUGAACAGCUGUUGGGAAUAAAAUAUUAACAAUUGUUA